AUGGCUGCCGUCGCUCCCAUCACUGGCAUUCUCCGCCGUGGCCUGGUCCUUGACCUGAGCACCGCCUUCGGCUUCGGUACCACUUUCGGCUACCUCUGGUGGUACGGCUACCACCUCCCCCGCGUCCGCGCCCGUGACAACUACUACGCUCGCCUCGAGGAGCAGCGCGCUGCCGGCCAGGUCUAG